AUGGGAAUGUUUCUUAUUUUAACGUUUGUGUUUUGUGCAUUGGUUAUAGGCAUGGCUAUGCCUAAGGCCUACGCGAAUGCACAAGAACAUGCCAGGUUCCAAAACCUCUACCUAGGAAAGGAAACAACUACCAGCAUUCAACUUUUUGUACAAGACAAACUAGGCGGCCAGAACCCAACUGUCUGGGAAGUGGCACGAUGCAACUUUACAUCUAAUUCAGCGACAUCGUUUGGUCAAGUCAGAGUCUUAGAUGAUCUAGUAACCGCCGGACCUGAUCGUAACUCAGAGAUAGUGGGCCGGGCUCAAGGGCUAAUCACAUCUUCUGACUUUCACGAAUCAGCCCUGACAAUGAACCUCAACUUUGUAUUUACAUCAGGGAACUACAAUGGAAGUACACUAUGCAUGCUGGGGAGGAAUCCAUUAGGUAACCAAUAUAGAGAGUUGGCUAUUGUUGGAGGUACCGGGGUUUUCCGAAUGGCCCGUGGAUAUGCCAUUACAAACACUUACUCGUAUGAUGUCGAAACUAGUUAUGGUGUUCUAGAGUACAAUAUUUAUGUUGCUUAUGUUGAUGCAUCACAAGCGGAUGAGUGA